AUGGCUACAGUGACGUUCUUUUCAACCACUACGGACCUGUGGUCAAGCAGGACAAGUGAACCGUAUAUUAGCUUGACUGUACACUUUGUCGACGAGGAGUUUGAAUUGAAAAGCCGCUGCCUGCAAACAUCGUAUUUCCCCGCCGACCACACAGGAGAAAACAUAGCCUUGGGCUUGAGAGAGGCACUGGCUGCGUGGGACCUCUGCGAGGAGCGUCAGGUCGCCAUAACAACAGACAACGGCACUAACAUGGUCAAAGCAGUGGAGCUUAAUCAGUGGACUAGAAUCCAGUGUUUUGGUCAUAGACUUCAUUUGGCCAUUGAAAAUGCUCUGAAAAAGAAUGCACAAUGCAUUAACAGAGCUACUGGGAUAUGCAGGAAGAUUGUGGGCCACUUCUCCCAUAGUUGGAAGAAAAGAGUGGCCUUGAGGGAAGCACAACGAGAGCUCAACCUCCCAGAGCAUGCCAUGGUGACAGACUGCGCAACACGAUGGGGUUCCUCUCAGAAAAUGAUAGAAAGAGUCCUGGAGCAGCAAAGUGCAUUGUCCAAGGUUCUCUCUGCAGACCGCAAAGUGCGACACCUACUCCCUUCUUGGCAGGACCUGGAGGUCUUGGAAUCUGUAAACAAGGCACUCAGCCCUCUACAGGACUUCACGGAUGCCUUAUCGGGUGAAAGUUAUGUGAGCAUAUCUUGUGUGAAACCUGCGCUGCAUCUUCUGAACACCUCAGUGCUGGCUGAAGACGAAGCAGACACUGAGCUGAGCUGUGGAAGACACACAAAGUCAGCUUCCCUAGGCUAUGCAAACUAG